CAUCAACAAGGAUUCUGGAUAUCUGCUUUUUCCUUCAAUCAGUAACAUACACUACGACACGACGGCGAUGCCCUUACUUGCGUUCUUUGACUGAUCCUGUUAAAAACAUUUUACCACCUUUUUCAUGCAGAUAAAUUAUUCAUACUACAUUUUCUUUGCUGAUGAUAGAUCCACCAAGAUGAAUGAGAGAGGGUGUUGUGAUGGAGCGCGAAGUUGGUGUGAUCGCAAGAGGAUGAGAACUUGGGGGACACUCGUGGGCGAUUGAGCGUAUGUUCCUGCAUAGAUCCGGAUCCCAGAGCGAUAUAAGUAGGAUCCUUGGCGUGUGCGCUUCAUCUUAUCGGUCCAGUGACCCGCUUAGAUUGUAGCACAUACCUCUUCAUCAACAACGACAAUGCCAGCCCCAGCGAGCUUCAGCAACUAUAUCGACACGCACGCAGAGGCGUUCAUCAAACGUCUAGGCGAGUCUGUUGCUAUUAAGAGUAUCAGCAGCGAUGCCCGUCGACGCCAGGACGUCAUCACGAUGGGCAACUGGCUGAACAGUCAGUUGAACGAGCUUGGUGUUGAGACCAAGCUCAUGGACCUAGGCACGCAUGAGAUGCAGGGAGCAGACGCUGCAACUCCCACCAGCUAUCAUCGGGCGUCUGGGGAGCGAUCCGACGAAGAAGACGGUGCUGGUGUAUGGACACUACGACGUACAGCCUGUGAGUCUUUCAUAGCUGUAUUCGGGAUUACGGUACUGAGUCUCGGGAACCAGGCGCUGAAGACAGACGGAUGGAAGACGGAUCCGUUUACGCUUGUGGUGGAGGAAGAUUCGGGUCGCUUGAUUGGCCGUGGCUCGACGGAUGACAAGGGCCCGAUCAUGGGCUGGUUGAAUGUUAUCGAGGCGCACAAGAACCUUGGGAUUGCGAUGCCUGUGAAUAUGCGAUUUUGCUUUGAAGGUAUGGAGGAGAAUGGCAGUGAGGGGCUGGAUGAGUGCAUCCAGGAGGAGGUGAAGAAGGGUAAGGAGGGGUGGUUCGAUGGGGUUGAUUGCGUGUGCAUCAGUGACAAUUACUGGUUGAACACUCGAACGCCGGCGUUGACGUAUGGGCUGCGUGGUAUUGCGUACUUCAGCAUCAAUAUUACUGGGCCUGGUCAGGACCUCCACUCAGGUUUAUUCGGGAGGACGGUGCACGAGCCCAUGACGGAUUUGAUCAAGCUCAUGGGCAAGCUUGUGGAUCAUAACGGCGCCAUUCUGAUUCCUGGCAUUGACGACAUGAUCCCACCCCAUGACGAGGAGGAGUUGAAGCUGUACCAGAAGAUGGACUACACGAUAGAUGAUAUUGAAGAAGCUGCUGGUGGAAAGGUAGCAUUGUCAUCAGACAAGGCUACCGUGCUGAUGGGUCGGAUGCGCCAAGCCAUCCCUUUCCCUGCACGGGAUUCAGGGUGCAUUCUCAGAGACGUGAAGCACUGGAACUUUGAAGCCGCAAAGAAGGCUAUCGAGGCUGUGUAUAAGAAAACACCCGACUAUACGCGUGAGGGAGGCUCAAUCCCCGUAACGCUUACGUUUGCAGAGAGCCUGGGCGUAAACGUAUUGUUGCUGCCCAUGGGCAGAGCAGAUGACGGAGCUCACUCAACCAACGAGAAGCUCGAUCGGUCGAAUUUCAUUGAAGGGACAAAGGUCCUGGGUACCUACUUAUACGAGGUUGGCGCUGCCGCAUGA